AUGGCGGCUACAGCAUCGCGGGGCUCGUCCCCUUUCUCUCGCUUCGGCGACUCGCAGUCAUUCAACUUCGACGCGUUGAAGAACUUCUCCGCGCUCACCCCCUCGAUACAGUCACAUCUGCAGAAGGUCUACCUGACGCUCGCGCUGACGCUGGUCGUCGCGUCGCUAGGCGCGUACGCGCACGUGCUGUGGGGGCUCGGCGGCGCGCUCUCGUCGAUAGCGUCGAUCGCGGGCGUGCUUUGGCUCAACGCCACGCCCGCCGUUCCCGCUAACGAGUCGUUUCGCUUUCGCCUGCUUCUCGCCAUCGCCUUCUCGCACGGCUGCUCCAUCGGCCCGCUCGUCGAUGCUGUUAUUCAAAUCAACCUCGGUCUGCUAGUCACAGCAUUCGUCGCAACAGCAGCCAUCUUCCUGUGCUUCUCAGGGGCGGCGCUGCUGGCUAAGCGCAGGGAGUACCUUUACCUGGGAGGAUUCCUUGCCUCUGCCGUCUCCACCAUGCUCGCCCUGCGCCUUGCUUCCAUCUUCUUUGGCGGCUCUAACGCUGUCUUUCAGAUCGAGAUUGAGGUACGUGUAUCAGUUGCGUGUGUGAGUGCAAUGUGGUCUCUGCUCUCUGAAUUCGUUGCCUGUGCCUUGCCACUCCCCUCCGCCCUCUCCGCCAUGCUCGCCCUGCGCCUCGCCUCCUUCGUCUUCGGCGCCUCUGAUGCUAUCUUUCAGGUCGAGGUGUUGCUGAGGGCCAGUGUGGCUGCUCCCUCAAUCCGCUCCCUUGCCACUCCAUCUCACUGCUUCUCCCAUACCCUCUUCCACCUCCUCUUUUGCACAGCUGUGCGGCGGCCUCCUGGCCUGCUGGUCUUCUCAGGAUACAUCAUAUACGACACGCAGGUGCUGCUGGAGAGAGCGAGGCAGGGCCACUGCGACCACGUGGUGGACGCUCUCGAGCUGCUGCUCGACUUUGUCGCUGUCUUCGUGCGCAUCCUCUUCAUUCUGGGGGAGAAGCAGGGUCACUGCGACCACGUGGCUGAUGCCCUCGAGCUGCUGUCGGGCUUUGUCGCUGUCUUCGUGCGCAUCCUCUUCAUCCUGACGAGGAAGGAGGAGAGGGAGGAGGAGCAGCGGGCAUCAUCCAAGCGCAGGACUGCUGCCAGCACCUCUCGCCGUUGA